AUGUCUGCUGAUAUAAAAAUUAUUCUGGCUUCCAAACAUUACGGUUUUAUGGGAUCUGGUAAUAUGUCUCAAGCAUUGGUCAAAGGUUUUCUAGCCUCAAAUGUAAUCAAUGGUUCUCAAGUUACAAUGACUGAUCGAUAUGGUUUAUCAUUUCCAGAUGCAGAGUUUCUGAUUCCGCUGAAAGCUAUAUGUUCUAAAUAUGGAGUGGAAUAUCUGCAAACAAAUGAAACAAUGGUUGAGAAAAGUGAUGUCGUGUUCGCCUGCGUUAAACCACACAUAUUACUACCAGCUCUAAAAAGUCUAUCCGGUCGUUUAAAUGAUAAACUUUUGGUUUCUGUUGCUGCAGGGAUUACACUAGAUCAGAUACAACAGGUUGUGCCGAAAUCUACUCGAAUUAUCCGUAUUAUGCCUAAUACACCGUGUCUGGUCGGUGUUGGUACUGCAGUGUAUGCACAUACAUCUUCUGUUACUGAAGAAGAUAUUAAUUUGAUUUCUGCCUUAUGUUCAUCAAUCUUUCCUGUAUUUGAAGCUAUCCCAGAAUCUUUAUUUAAUGCAGCUGUUGGAGUAUCAGGAUCAUCUCCUGCUUAUAUUUAUAUGAUCACUGAAGCAAUUACCGAUGCUGGUGUUCUAUUAGGUUUACCACGCCCAAUUGCACAGAAACUAAUUGUCAAUACUAUAUUAGGCUCAGCUGUAAUGAUGCAAAAAACAGGCAAAAGUACAACUGAAUUAAAAAAUGAAGUUUGCUCACCUGGCGGGACAACAAUUCAAGGUGUUUAUGCUUUAGAGAAAGGUAAUCUACGAGCUACACUUAUGGAUGCAGUACAGAAAGUUUGUGCACGCGGAGAAGAACUAAGCAAAAAAUCCUAAUGUUUCAUGCACUAUUUCUGAUAGUUCUGUUACUCUAUGAAGUGUGUGUAAUAUUUUUUCUACAUAUUAUUACAAACAUCACAUUCAAUAACAAUAUGUUUGUUGUAUUUAAAAAUGUGUAUCUGG